UACAAAAUAAAACGUCAUAUGAUAGAAAUGUUCACAAUUGUGAUUUGAUGAAAACGUGUAGGUAGGUAAUUAAUUUGGAUAGGAGUUUUCUUUAAAUUACGGCCUAUUAGUUCGCGCAAACACACACAAUAAUCAUGGAUUACCAAUAUGAACAAGCUAGUGAAGUGGAAGCGCUGGAUUCCAUAUAUUAUGGUGACAUGCAAGUGAUAGAAAAGGAGCCUUUUCACAAGUUCUCGAUACCUAUAAAGUCGGAAGGGUUCGACGAGGGCGACGGGCUGGCGUGCCAACUGGUCUUCACAUACACAGCAAAGUACCCAGAUGAGAUUCCUGUGAUAGAAAUUGAGAAUGAAGAGAAUUUCGACGACAUCGUUGAUAAGGAGGAAUUACUCACACAUUUAGUUGACCAGGCUAAAGAUAACCUAGGGAUGGUGAUGGUAUUCACACUGGUGUCCGCGGGACAGGAGUGGCUCAACGAGAAGUGGGACUCCAUCAAGAAGGAGAGAGAAGAGAGGAUACUUGCCAAACUGAAGGCUGACGAGGAAGCUGAACAGAAAAGGUUCGAAGGCACGCGCGUGACAGUAGAAUCGUUCCUGGCGUGGCGCAAGCAGUUCGAGAUCGACCUGGGCAUCCAGGCUAAGAGGGAGCGAGAGAUCCGAGACAACAAAAACAAGCUGACCGGCCGCGAGCUAUUCCUCCGGGACACCACACUCAACGAGUCUGAUCUCAAGUUCUUGGAUGACGGGGACACAGUUAAAGUAGACGAGUCCCUGUUCCAAGACCUGGAUGACCUGGAGAUCUCCGACGAUGAGGAUGAUGAGGACUAUGUCCCGGGGCAGAGCGGCAGUGAGAGUGACUAGCCCGGGACCUCUGCGCAGGGAGGCUCCGUCUCUACUGUGCCUUGAUGAGAUGUAAAGUUUAUGAUGGAACGAUGGACAAUACUGACUUGUUGUGACUGUGAGUGAUCUUCAAUACUCGAUUCAAUUCUUGUUUAAUGGCUUUUGUGUGAUCAUAAUUCUGCCAGUAUCACGUAAUGAAGAUAAUACUCAAUAGGAUAGGCUGUAACAAAUUGAAAGAUCAUAUUUGUCCUAACGUGUUACGUCCUAAUGUCCUAUUGAUGUCUUCAAUCCUCUUUGUGAAGUGUUAAGUGAUCUUUGACGUUCACGAUAUAUUGGAAAUAAAAAAAAAUAUGAUUCUGUAUGAAUGUUUGUUUAGAGCCAAACCAAAAAUAUAAGAACCUUCCCAAUUUUUAAGAUUUAAUUGAAGUAUUUGGGUUACACAAAUUAAUAAUCCGACAACAUAGCCUGAUCAGGCUAUAUUUUUUAAACUCUUGUAAAUAAUGACAACAUAAUACACACACAAAGUAAAUCAAAUCGAAUGUAAUUAAUAGUUACGCGAAUGGUUGAAAAAGUAGUGUGAACUUUUAAUGUCAAGUCAAUAAAUAUUUAUAAAAUUACCCUUGUUUUUAAAUGAAUUAGUUUAGUAUUAAUAUUUAUUUUUGUCAAAAAGGAUUUUUAAGUAAAAUCCUUUUUUAAAAUCCUGCAUUCUUGAUGAUGACAAUGAAUCAGAAUCAAGUAUUGCCUAGUUUUAUUGGUCUACCAUACCUGUCAGUAUAUUGAACUUGAUGUGUCGUGACCCAUUUGUAUUAUUUAUCACUCAAUGUGGGACCUAAUUCGUCGGUAAAUGACGCAGAAGACUUUUUUAUUUAGGUAAUCGGGUGUGUGUGGCCUAAAUGAAGUACCAAUUGAUUGGUUGUUUAUUUAAUGUAAAGUUAAAUGACCAGAAAUAUGAAAAACUCCUUUCUGUUUUUAUAUUUCUUAAAAAAAAUGGCCGCCCGUCACGCGCGCGCCGCGCUGUCAUCGCAUUUUUUAUCUGUGUAACGACUUCUAUUUAAGAAAAACUUAGUUCUUAUUUCAAAAAGUUUUAAUAUUUUUGAUCUGGCUUUUAACUCCAAGCUCCAUAGCAUUCGAUCACACGUCAACCACAGUUGCUCUUAUUUAUUAAGUUUAUCGUUUAUAAUAAAACAGGUGUUAUUAUCUGGAGAA